AUGGUUCGCUACAAGGGACUAUUCAAGAGCAAGAGGAAAUCGGACAAUCCAGAAUGGGGUCUAUUCUCUACUAAAGGCGCAGUCGGCUUGGAAGUAUUACAUGACCCUCCAAAUGCCGAGCUGGACAUAAUCUUCAUCCACAGCCUCACAGCCAACCGCACAAGAACAUGGACCCACCAAAACGGCACUUUCUGGCCAAACGACCUCCUCGCAAACGACAUCCCCAAUGCCCGCAUAAUGACCUUCGGCUACGAACUCGACCUCCUCCACUUCACAUCAACAUCCACCUUAUCCACAAACCGCCUCCACGACCACGCCCAAUCCCUAUCCUAUGCACUCGUCAGCCAACGCAUAGACUGCUCAGCCAGACCGAUUAUAUUCAUCGCUCACGGUCUCGGCGGACUCAUCUGUCAACAAGCAUUCAUCCUAAGUAACUGCGUCGACGGACUAUGGGCGAUCUCAUCGAGUGCUAUCGGUGUGGUUUUUAUGGGGACGCCACAUUAUGGCUCUUCACUUUCGUAUUACGGGGAGAAACUUGUGAACUGUGUGCGCAGGAAGGGUGAUAUCAUGCAUGUUGCCGCGCUAGAGCGUCAUCUCGGACCAAAUGAUCUGCAGCGUGUUGCGGGUGAGUUUCAGGGGAUGUUGAGGAGGGGGGAUUUGGCUGUUAAUGUGUUUUGCUUUUAUGAGAUGGAGGGUGUGAAUGAUGUUGGCAAGAUUGUUGAGGAGGAAGCGGCGGUUUUACGGGGGUGUGAGAGUUUGGGUCUUACGGGUGAUCAUUGUGGUAUGGCGAGGUUUGAGGGCUUUGCGGAUGAGGGUUAUGGUAUUGUGCGGGAGAUUGUUAGGAGGUGGAUGAAGGAGGCGCGUAAGGAUGGGAAUGGGAUGGUUGUGGAUAAGUCUUCUGUUGUGUCUGGGGGUUCUUCCUGUUGGGAGUCUGGCUUGGUUGGAGAGUUGGAUUCUUGGGAAUUAUUUUGGGGAAAGUAA